GGUCCUUCUUGACAUUUGUGGUCAAUGUCAAAUGUGGUCAAAUGUAAAUCAAAUACUAAGUUAAUUUUAAUAUAGAAACCAGAAAAUUACGUAAGGGGAUAGAAGGAGAAACAAAUAACAAUGUCUUUUUUCUUAAAACGCACUCUGGUUGCCGGUCGCAACUUGAGGUGUAGUGUAUUAAAUAAUAAUCAAUUAUGUGGUCUGCAGCGAGUGGCCACGAAAACCGAUCAAGCAGCACAAUUGGAAACCAGACCGACAGUAGCCAAAUUAGACCCUUUGCAGAAAUCUCAGUUGAUUGACUUUGGCAAAUAUAUCGCAGAAUGUAUGCCUAAAUACGUACAGAAGGUACAAAUCACGGCGGGCAAUGAACUGGAAGUUUUGAUUCCUCCAGACGGAGUCAUCCCCGUGCUGCAGUUCCUGAAAGAUCACCACAGCGCACAGUUCGCCAACCUGGUCGACAUCGCGGGCAUGGACGUGCCCAACAGGCCCCACAGAUUCGAAAUCAUCUAUAAUAUAUUGUCGUUGCGCUAUAAUUCCAGAAUUAGGGUGAAGACCUACACAGACGAGCUGACGCCUAUCGACUCUGCGUGCGAAGUAUUCAAAGCGGCCAACUGGUAUGAGAGGGAAAUCUGGGACAUGUUUGGGGUGUUCUUUGCUAACCAUCCAGAUUUGAGGAGAAUUCUGACUGAUUAUGGAUUCGAGGGGCAUCCAUUCCGGAAGGACUUUCCGCUCAGUGGUUACGUAGAGUUGCGCUACGACGACGAGCAGAAACGCGUGGUCGUGGAACCCCUGGAGCUGGCACAGGAGUUCCGGCGCUUUGAGCUGAGUGCCCCGUGGGAACAGUUCCCCAACUUCAGAGGCAAUCCUGCCUCAGAGGAAGUAGUGAACCCAGGGGAAGAUCAACCCAAGAAGCCGUAGAAAUAUUGUGAUAUAUUUUAUUAUCUAUGUUAAUGAAAUAUAAUAUAGAAUAUU